AUGAUACCACCGAGACUGCUCAUUUUUCGGAAUUUCCCCAUCGAAGUUCAGACAGACGAGGAUCAUCGAGAGGUGGAAAUCGUCGACGCACUUAUGGCAUCAACAGCGGCUCCUCUACUACUUCCCGUCUCUCCACUCGGUCUCUCCGAUGGAGGAGUUCUCGCAAAGAAUCCCAGUCUCGUCCUCUUGACUGAAUAUCAUCGAUUCUAUGCGAAAGCCGUCCGCCAUCCAACUCCUUCACUAUUCCUUUCAUUAGGCACUGGCUACAACGAGGCGAGACGCACAAGUGGAAUUCAUUUUGGAGAUUUGCCGAAGAAUCGCGUUUUCUUCGAUCGGCAUUUUAUGCGCACGACGAAGAAUCUCUUUGACGUUUUUGUUAGCCAAUCAACAAGCGGCGACACAGCAUGUCUUGCUCAAGCAGCCGCUUGGUGUCUUGCUACGAGAAGUCCCUAUUUUCGCAUCAAUCCGCCAAAUAUUAAUCGUCUUUCAUUGACAUGUACUGAUGCAGAGAAAGUAGCCGAUUUUCUGUGGGGAGUCAUGGUUUAUCUCCGCACGACGGCUCGCCAUGAUCUCGAUCAACUCGCCAGUUUCAUCAAAAGGUUGAAAUCU